AUGAGGACCAUAUCAGUUUUUAUUCGAUGUGUCUUCUCUGCUUCACAAGCUUAUAUUGCCAUCUUGCUUAUAAACUUAAUUCAUGUUGAGAUUCAUGAUGGGAAGAGUGACAAAGAGAUUUAUAAGAAACUUGAAGAGGAUUUUGGGGAGAUAGUACUUUGUUCCCCAAAGUUUGAUCUGCAGACUGUACUUGUGGUAUCACCGCUUCUGAUUGCUGCUUUUGCUGGUGUUAGAGGAGUUCCAUUAACCCCAAAUAAGAAGCAAACCAUGUUAGACCUCCUCACACUGCCGCCUUCACGAGGGAUGAAACUAAGAAACUAUGGAACAAUGGUGUGCCUUCUUCCAGAUCAGACAUUCUUUGUAUCAAUUCAAGGAAGGUCAAAAUGA